UUCAGUGUGUGAGACAUUCGAUUGUGUUAAUAAUAAAAUUUGGAGGUUUCUGUCCCACGCUUUGCUUCGGCGAUCGAUCACAUUCACCGUGUCCUUCCUGGUCCUCCGGCCUCCACCUCCUGCUGCUUCCUCUCCCUCCUCCUCCUCCCUGCUCUGCUGCAGCUGCAAACAAAUUUCCAGGCGACGCCCAGAUCAGCUUCUUGGACUCUCUCACACGGGUCCCCUCAAAAUCCCAUCUUCCCUUCCCCUCGUCGGCGUCUCCAUCGUCUCUGAGCAGUAGGAGACGAAACAAGAGAAGAAAACAAUAUAAAGGGGAGAGAGAGUCCAAACCAAAACUAAAUCCUCUCUCUCUCUCUCUCUCUCUCUCUGUCUUGUUCGCGUUUCGUGUCGAUAGAAAUCUGCUCUGCGGGCUUGUUCUCAUGUGCAAUGUGUCUGCGGAUUCAGACCCCAGGCGUGCACUUGUUGGGUCGUCUCUGAAAUGCCCUUUCCGGGCCAUCUCCGUCUCGCCCUUUCCUUGCAUAACUCGCCACCACCGACUCACUGCAUUCAAUUCUCUCUUCCGUCAUGGGUUCCCCUUCCUUCCUCCUCAAUAAAACCACAAUCAUCCAUGGCCUUCCCCUAUUGGAGCUCUCCUCCAUCUGCAUUAACUCCACCCUCUGCCUCGUCUUCCUCUUCAUCGUCUCCGCCCGCCAGAUUUCCGUCUGCGUCGGCCGCGUCGGGCUCGCCCGCAAGGACGACACCGUCUCAGGCUCGGACCCAAUUGCCCCGAGCUGCGUUGAGCCCGGUGAGGUUAAAGUAGGUAACCAGUUCAAACUCUCAGUCUGUAGCUGCCUCUAUGUUCUGUUUGUGCAAGUUCUGGUGCUGGGUUUCGAUGCCACCGGUCUGAUCAGGGAGGCUGCUAGUGGGAGCUCUGUGGUGGAUUGGUCUGUUCUUUGCUUCUCUUCUGCCCAGUGUUUGGCUUGGGUCAUACUUAGUUUGACAGCUCUUCACUGUAAAUUGAAGGUCUUUGAGAAAUUCCCCCUCUUGCUGAGGCUAUGGUGGUUCAUGUCAUUCGUUAUUUGCUUGUGCACUCUCUAUGUUGAUGGGAGGGCACUCUAUCUUCGUGGUUUAGGGUACUUGUGCUCCCAUGCGGUGGCCAAUUUUGCCUCCGCGCCUGCCCUUGGUUUCCUAUGCUUCAUGGCCGUCAAAGGCGACACUGGCAUUCAAAUAUGCUGGAAUACUGAUCUUCAAGAGCCUCUGCUUCUUGAAGAGGAUGCUGGGUGCCUUAAGGUCACCCCUUACCACGGUGCUGGAUUAUUCAGCUUGGCCACUCUUUCUUGGCUUAACACACUACUCUCGAUUGGGGCCAAGAGGCCGCUUGAGCUUAGGGACAUCCCACUGCUCGCCCCAAAGGACCGUGCCAAGACCAAUUACAAGAUCUUGAGGUCAAAUUGGGAGAAAUUGAAGGCAGAGAACCCUUCGGAGCAGCCUUCUCUUGCUUGGGCGAUCCUCAAGUCCUUCUGGAGGGAGGCUGCAUGUAAUGCCGUCUUUGCGGGAUUGAACACUCUCGUCUCAUAUGUUGGCCCCUUCAUGAUAAGCUACUUUGUAGAUUAUUUAGGUGGGAAGGAGACAUUCCCACACGAGGGGUAUGUUUUAGCAGGGACUUUCUUUGGGGCAAAGCUUGUGGAGACACUGACAACCCGUCAAUGGUACCUUGGAGUUGAUAUCUUGGGUAUGCAUGUGAGAUCGGCUCUAACGGCAAUGGUGUACCGGAAGGGCCUUAGGCUCUCAAGCGCUGCUAAGCAGAGCCACACAAGUGGAGAGAUAAUUAAUUACAUGGCAGUGGAUGUUCAGAGGAUUGGGGACUACUCAUGGUACCUCCAUGACAUAUGGAUGCUCCCCAUGCAGAUUGUGCUCGCCCUUGCCAUACUGUAUAAGAAUGUUGGGAUUGCAGCAGUAGCAACCUUGAUUGCGACUAUCAUUUCUAUUAUAGUCACUGUGCCAAUAGCAAAGAUACAAGAGGACUACCAGGACAGGCUCAUGGCGGCAAAGGAUGAUAGGAUGAGGAAGACAUCAGAGAGCCUAAGGAACAUGAGGAUCCUCAAGUUGCAGGCAUGGGAAGACCGGUACAGGGCAAGGCUUGAGGAGAUGAGGGAUGUGGAGUUCAAGUGGCUUCGCAAGGCACUCUACUCGCAGGCAUUUAUCACAUUCAUCUUCUGGAGCUCUCCCAUAUUUGUCGCAGCAGUUACUUACGGGACUUCGAUACUGCUCUCCAGUCAGCUUACUGCUGGUAGUGUUCUCUCUGCCUUAGCGACAUUCAGGAUCCUCCAAGAACCACUCAGGAACUUCCCUGACUUGGUGUCAAUGAUGGCCCAGACAAAGGUCUCUCUUGAUCGGAUCUCUGCAUUCCUUCAGGAGGAAGAGCUGCAGGAAGAUGCAACUUUAGUCUUGCCCAGGGGGAUCACGGAGGUUGCUGUGGAGAUAAAGGAUGGUGUAUUUGGUUGGGACUCCUCACUGAAACCAACCCUGUCAGGGAUUCAGUUGAAAGUGGAGAGAGGGAUGCGUGUAGCUGUCUGUGGCAUGGUUGGCUCUGGAAAAUCGAGUUUCUUGUCUUGCAUCCUUGGAGAAAUCCCGAAAAUGGCCGGUGAGGUUAGGAUAUGUGGUUCUGCUGCUUAUGUCCCUCAGUCAGCUUGGAUACAAUCGGGAAACAUCGAAGAGAACAUUCUCUUUGGUAGUCCGAUGGACAAAACGAGAUACAAGAGUGUGAUCCAUGCUUGCUCCCUUAAGAAGGAUUUUGAGCUUUUCUCACAUGGAGAUCAGACCAUCAUAGGGGAUAGAGGUAUAAAUCUGAGCGGAGGGCAGAAGCAGCGUGUUCAGCUUGCUAGGGCACUUUAUCAGGAUGCAGAUAUUUAUCUACUCGAUGAUCCAUUUAGUGCUGUUGAUGCACAUACUGGUUCAGAACUGUUCAAGGAGUAUAUUAUGACUGCGCUUGCUAUGAAGACUGUGAUUUACGUGACCCAUCAAGUGGAAUUUCUUCCUGCUGCUGAUAUGAUACUGGUUCUCAAGGAAGGCCAAAUAAUUCAAGCCGGAAAAUAUGACGAUCUUCUGCAGGCAGGAACAGACUUCAACACUCUGGUCUCUGCCCACCACGAGGCGAUUGAAGCUAUGGAUAUUCCCAACCAUUCAUCAGAAGAUUCUGAUGGGAACUCUUCCCCGGAUGGGCCUGUCAGUGCAAAGUGCAACCCGGAAGGACCUGACAUUGACAGCCUGGCAAAGGACGUUCAUGACAGUGUUGCUUCUUCUGAACAAAAGGCUAUCAAAGAAAAGAAAAAAGCAAAGCGCUCGAGAAAGAAGCAGCUUGUCCAGGAAGAGGAAAGAGAGAGAGGGCGUGUCAGCAUGAAAGUUUACUUGUCAUAUAUGGCAGCGGCAUAUAAAGGACUACUGAUUCCACUUAUAAUCAUUGCGCAAGCAUUAUUUCAGUUCCUUCAAAUUGGCAGUAACUGGUGGAUGGCUUGGGCAAAUCCUCAGACAGAAGGGGACAAGCCCAAAGUUAGUCCAAUGGUCCUCCUGAUUGUUUACAUGGCCCUUGCUUUUGGAAGUUCUUGGUUCAUAUUUGUUAGAGCCGUUUUGGUGGCUACUUUUGGUCUAGCAGCUGCUCAGAAGUUGUUCUUGAAAAUGCUCAGAAGUGUGUUUCGCGCUCCCAUGUCUUUCUUUGACUCUACACCUGCUGGGAGGAUCCUGAACCGGGUUUCGAUUGAUCAAAGUGUUGUGGAUCUCGAUAUUCCUUUUAGACUUGGCGGUUUUGCAUCAACGACGAUACAGCUUCUGGGCAUCGUAUGUGUUAUGGCCAAAGUCACCUGGCAAGUGUUGCUUCUUGUUAUCCCAAUGGCUAUGGCUUGCUUGUGGAUGCAGAAAUACUACAUGGCUUCAUCAAGGGAAUUGGUUCGUAUAGUUAGCAUUCAGAAAUCUCCAAUUAUUCAUCUCUUCGGGGAAUCUAUUGCUGGAGCAGCUACUAUAAGAGGAUUUGGGCAAGAAAAGAGGUUUAUAAAGAGGAAUCUCUACCUUCUCGAUUGUUUUGCUCGUCCAUUCUUUUGUAGUAUUGCAGCAAUUGAGUGGCUGUGCCUACGCAUGGAGUUACUUUCCACGUUCGUCUUUGCAUUCUGUAUGAUUUUACUCGUCAGCUUUCCCCAUGGAAGCAUUGAUCCCAGCAUGGCAGGCCUUGCUGUGACAUAUGGGCUUAACUUAAAUGCUCGCCUUUCAAGGUGGAUACUUAGUUUUUGCAAGCUUGAGAAUAAGAUUAUCUCCAUUGAAAGAAUAUAUCAAUACUGCCAUAUCCCAAGUGAAGCCCCAGCAGUCAUUGAAAAAUCUUGCCCUCCAUCUUCAUGGCCAGAGAGUGGUACGGUUGAACUUAUAGAUUUAAAGGUUCGUUACAAGGAGAAUUUACCAAUGGUCCUUCAUGGUGUCAACUGUGUAUUCCCUGGCGGGAAAAAGAUUGGGAUUGUUGGUCGUACAGGAAGUGGAAAAUCUACAUUGAUCCAGGCAUUGUUUCGAUUGAUUGAACCAGCGAGUGGGAGAAUCAUUGUUGACAACAUCGAUAUAUCUACAAUCGGAAUUCACGAUCUCCGGGGCCGCUUGAGCAUCAUUCCCCAGGAUCCCACUUUGUUUGAGGGAACUAUUCGAGGCAAUCUUGAUCCACUCGAGGAGCAUUCGGAUUCUCAUAUUUGGGAGGCACUGGAUAAGUGUCAGCUUGGGGAGAUAGUCCGCGAGAAAGAGCUUAAGCUUGAUACACCUGUUCUGGAGAAUGGAGAUAAUUGGAGUGUGGGCCAGAGGCAAUUAGUCUCACUAGGUCGCGCUCUGCUUAAGCAGGCCAGGAUACUCGUACUUGAUGAAGCGACUGCAUCAGUUGAUACGGCUACUGAUAAUCUGAUUCAGAGGAUUAUCCGCACGGAGUUUAAGGACUGCACUGUUUGCACCAUUGCACACCGGAUACCCACAGUUAUCGAUAGCGAUCUCGUUCUAGUCCUCAGUGAUGGUCGAGUGGCAGAGUUUGAUACUCCGUCAAGACUAUUAGAGGACAGAUCGUCAAUGUUCCUCAAGUUAGUGACCGAGUAUUCUUCAAGGUCAAGUGGCAUACCAGAUUUUUAAUUCCUGAUGGUAUGUCUGAAGUUACCCGGUCCCACAUUCAAGUUCAAAGCUACUGUGUACAGAGGGAAUUGCCCUGCUCCAACACAAACCCGUGAAUAGGGGAGGAAGAAAAGGGGCCUCCAGGGCGCCACAUCGAAGUCAAAGCCUCUUCUUCGAGAUAGAAGGGAUCAGGAGGUUCUUUUCUUUUUCUUUGAUUUCACGUGAGGGCAAGUGCUAAUCGGGAUCAGUGGGGGAAAGGAAUAAGGCCCAUGCAAGGAGGUGGGAAUCACACGUCCCAACGUGGAAUGGGUAAGAAAUGGGCGAAAAUGAAUUUGUCAAAGGAAGUUGUGGAAUAAAACUGUGUUGGUGUACAUUGAUGCAUAUUGUUCAAUUCUUAGCCUAGGAAAUUUUGUAGAGGUGGACUAGUCAAAUUAUUGUCAAUUCCUCUCUGCUUCUAGUGCCACGAAAAUCAUAUCCAAGUCGAAUUCUUGUCUCCAUACUUAUCGUCACAUCUUCAUUCUGGUCAGACAAUAAUUGAACUUCUUGAGUUUGCCCAAAUGAGAUGUUGGCUGUCGAGGUUUAGUUCCAAGAUGUUCCGUGAAAAGGUCGUUGUCUCAGAGUUGAAAGUAAUUUUAACGAGAAUGAUUGCGAAUGUAAAA